AUGGCGACAUCAAGCCUUUCGAAAGUCAUAAAGCAGAAAGCGAAGCAGGGCGACUGGGCGACGAAGAAACUCACGGCGAUGAAAGAAGAGACGUUGCAGUUGGCGGCCGGCGCGAUCGGUGACUCCGCAGCACAUGCAGGCUCACGUUACUCUCCCUCUAUCUACCCUACGGCCGUUUGUUCUAACGCUAAUGCAUCUCGACAACAGGCGCCGUUCGGGCUCCUCGACUUGCCACCUGAAAUCUGGUCGAAAAUCUGCAAGCUCGCAACCGAGUGCGAUUGUCCUGUCCUUCUGAGGCGUGGCAAGAACGGCGGCAAGAAAGGUCCUGUCGUCGUGCGCCAGCCGGGCAUCACCCGAGUCUGCCGCCGAGUGAGAGAGGAGUGUCUCCCCCACUUCUACGCCGCGAACGAAUUUGGAUACGUCGGAAGGUUGGCGCACUACGAUUUCGCAAAGGGAACGCCGGAGAGCUUGGCGCCCAAGCUCAACGCUCUCUUUGUCGUGGAUCUACCGGCUUUGUUGCACUGGUCUCGCCAAACAAAGGUGCAUGUGAAGUACCUGACCAAAACGGAGGCACGUUGGGCGCUUCGAUCCGAAAGCAACGUGGUGAACACGGAAGGACAAGAGUCGAUGGCGGAGAUGCUCAAGUCAGCGGCUCAAUGGCUACGGCAUGAGCCGGAAUGGGGAAAGAAGCCCCUCGGUCUCCUUGACCUGCCUCCGGAGAUCUGGUCGAAGAUCUGCAAGCUUGCGGUCGAGUGCGAUCAUCUUGUCCUGCUGAAACCUGGCAAGUAUCGCCCGAUCAUCGUACGCGAGCCAGCAAUCACCCACGCGUGCCGUCCCGUCAGGCAAGAGUGUCUGCCACACUUUUACCGCGUCAAUACAUUCGGCUACAUGGCCGGUUUCGGUAUGGCCGGGGACGUGGAGGAUGGAGUGUUGAGCUUGGUGGAAAAGCUUAACGCUGUUUUUGGCCUUGGGGUGUGGGAUAUCAGGAAAUGGAGGAUGGAAAAGGGAGUGGAACCAGAGUGGACGUCGGUCGCGGAUCUGGCUCAGACGCUGCAGUCCGAGGUGGAUGCGCUCGACGAGCAGAAGCAAGAAUCGUUGGUGACAGCACUCAAGUGGGCGAUUGAAAAUCUGUGUGACAAUGGUUGGUGA